AUGGCCGCAUCUAUUCUGGAGGUAGGGAAUGUAAUUGAAGACGCACGCUAUGGCUCCAGUCCUCUGGCUAUGUUAACUGCUACCUGUAACAAGUUCGGCAGCACAAGCCCCAUCAGGGAUUCGGCUACACCCGGUAAGAUCGGCAGCGCUACUCCACUAAAGAAGUCCUACAUAAUGACCUCUGACCUUCAGACAGCUAAGAACGGGCGCACCGCAGACGGCAGCGGCCUGGCAGACUCCUACACUGGCUCCUUCACCACAGCUGGAGGAGGAGGAGGUGGCGGGCUGCUUACCCCCACUGGAAGCCCCCCUCCUUCAGCCGGAGGCUACGCUACAGAAUAUAACCCCUUCUCCCACUCCUUCCAAACCUCCAUUUCCCAGGAUCCGUCUCUUUUAGUGUCCAAGGCCCACGCUACGGUCGACUGCCUCACCAGCGUCUAUACCUCUCUGGAUAUGACACACCCCUAUGGCUCCUGGUAUAAAACCGGUGUCCACCCUGGCAUUACUGCUGCUCCAAAUAAUGCCACGUCCUCCUGGUGGGAUGUCCACCCCAACUCCAACUGGCUGUCAUCAACCCAGCCCCAGGCGGACGGAGGUCUCCAGGCCUCCCUGCAGCCUGUGGCGCCCCAGGCCUCCCUUAGCCCUCAGUUGUCCAGUUACAGCACCGACUUUACACCACUCAACACAGCUCCUUACCCUUCUGUGGGACUGGGCUCCUCCUCACACCUCCUCCAGCCCUCUCAGCACAUGCUGCCCCAGGACAUGUACAAGCCCAAGCCUGUGCAAAGUGCAGGGCUGAUGGAGAAUCCCAUGGGCCUAAAGCCUGCGAGAGGAUCAGGGGGCUACAGUGGAGGAGGUGCACCAACCAGGUCCUCAUGUGACUGCCCCAACUGCCAGGAGCUGGAGAGGCUCGGGGCCUCUGCGGCAUCCCUGAGGAAGAAGCCUGUUCACAGCUGCCACAUCCCAGGCUGUGGGAAAGUCUACGGCAAAGCCUCCCACCUUAAAGCCCACUUACGCUGGCACACUGGGGAGCGGCCCUUUGUUUGCAACUGGCUGUUCUGCGGGAAGCGUUUCACCCGCUCGGACGAACUGGAGAGGCACGUUCGCACCCACACGCGAGAGAAGAAGUUCACCUGUCUACUGUGCAACAAGCGCUUCACACGCAGCGACCACCUCUCCAAGCACCAGAAGACCCAUGCGGAUUCUGCAAUGCAGGGAAAGGCUACAGCUGUGGAGGGAGAGACAGAUCCUCGGAGCGAGGACACCACAGAGCUCAACACCAGCGCAGUACCCGCCAAUCCUGUCGCUGACCAAAUCACCAACGGAGAUGAGAAGACUGGCACACCUAAUGGAGUGGAGAACAGCAGUGGACUGUUGGAGAUCUGA